GACCCGGGAAUUCGGGAGGAGGAGUCUGCGCGGCGCGCGCGCCCAGGCCGCGCCCUCCGGGCGGCUUCCCGGCUGUCAAAACCGCGGCGGGAGCGGGGCGCGGGAUGCGGAGCCCCUUCCUCAGCGUACCCCGCAAGCGAGAGAGGAAAGGGUGAGAUCCGCUCUCGUUGCAAGAGUCAGGGCCCGGGCCGCGCCGCCCUGUGUGGGGGACAGUGGCCCGCCGAGCGGGGGAGGAGAGGGGGAGCUCCGCCGGCUGGACUAGCAAGCUGGACCACCAGCGCCCUGGCCCCGGGUUACACUUGGGCGGGCAGGCUCGUGCCGCACGCGCGUUUGUGUAGCAGGACCGCUCCACCCCGUCUGCGCGGAGGCCCCAGCGGCCGUCUAAAGUGGCUUUGCCUUGCACAGAUUGUUAAGGAAUUCCGGGGUUCAGCGGCCCGAGGAUCCGGCUUCCCAGGGGUGCCGCCGGGCUCCUGCUCGGGUCUUGCGGCGCAGCGGGACUCUCCUGGAGGUGCUUUUCUUUAAGCCUCGUCUUGACAGCCACCACCGCGUUGCACGUCUAGCCUCUGGCGCCCUGCGUCUGCACUUCCCGAGCUGGCACUAACUAGACAGCUGCUGACGUCCGACAGAACCGGUCGGAAGCCCGCGGGGUGCGGGACCCGGCAGCAGGAGGGGUGAUGAGCCGCUGAGGCGGGAGGCGAGGUGCAGAGGCGCACCCCCAUGCUGCCCUGCUUCCAGCUGCUGCGCAUCGGGGCCGGCCGGGGAGGUGACCUCUACACCUUCCACCCCCCGGCCAGGUCCGGCUGCACCUAUCGGCUGGGCUGCAGGGCUGACCUGUGCGAUGUGGCCCUGCGGCCGCAGCGGGAGCCCGGCCUCAUCUCUGGGGUCCAUGCGGAGCUGCAUGCUGAGCUGCAAGGGGACGACUGGAGGGUCAGCCUGGAGGACCACAGCAGCCAAGGGACUUUGGUCAAUAAUGUCCGACUCCCAAGAGGCCACAGGCUGGAGCUGAGUGAUGGUGACCUUCUGACUUUUGGCCCUGAAGGGCAAGCAGGAGCCAGCUCCUCGGAAUUCUACUUCAUGUUCCAGCAAGUCCGGGUCAGACCUCAGGACUUCGCUGCGAUUACUGUCCCUCGGUCGAAGGGAGAGGCUGUGACUGGUUUCCAGCCCAUGCUGCCCCCGCAGGGGGCGCCCCAGCGGCCGCUCAGCACCCUCUCCUCUGCCCCCAAGGCCACACUGAUCCUCAACUCCAUCGGCAGCCUCAGCAAGCUGCAGCCCCAGCCCCUCACCUUCUCCCGUGGUGGUGGUGGCGGCGUUGGCAGCAGUGGCAGGCCACAGAGCCUGGCUGUUCCCACCCGGCCUGGGGACGUGGGAGCCCCGCCUGCCCCACCCACGAGAAACCGGAGGAAAUCGGCUCACAGAGUACUGGCGGAGCUGGAUGACGAGAGCGAGGCCUCCCUGAGCGAGGCCUCCCUGGGCCUGUCCGUCCUUAUGGAGCCCAGGAAGAAGCUCCGCAUGGAGAAGGCCGCUGUGACAUCCAGUGGGGAAUGACCACAGGCCCGGACAACCCUCACGGCUGAGCUGACAAAAAGAUGGCUUCUUCCUGUCCAAGACAUUGCUGCCAAGUGUACCAGCUGGACUGUCCAGCCAUAAGGAACCAGCCCUGUUUCCACACCCCCUAUCUGCAGUUAGUGCUCAUCAGUCACAGAACCCAUCCCCCAAGACAGAAGGGGAUGGCUGAAGUCUUAGUCUGCGGAGGCCAGCAUUCUGUCACCAAGCCACACCCCGGACCCACCCCCAUUCCUGAAUGGCAUCAGCUAAGGCAGCCUGGAGGACUGAGUGUGUGACUAGCUUUUCAGAGCUCUGCCUUCCUUUCCAAAUAAAGACUAAACUGCUUCAUCUACACGGGGGGGUACUUAUUCUUGAGUCCAAGUCUGCUUUUCAAAUGAUGGGAUUGAAUUCUCCACAGGAAAUGAAACGGACCUUGGUGUCAAGAAAGCCCAGGGCUGGGCACGAGGUGACACAGUGAAGGCACUUGCCGAGCCUGUGGCCUGUGUCUGGUGCACAGAGGCCAGAGUGUGGGGUUCUGGGGGGGCUGGCAGGCAGCAAGAAUGCUUCAAAAGACUGGUCUCUUGGGUGGGAGCCAUUGCUCAGCGUUAGCAGGGGCUAGCCAGGCUGUGGUGGCACAUGGCUGCUCACAACUGUAACUCCAGUUCCAGAGGAUCCAAAGCCCUCUUCUGUCAUAGGUGCACACAGGACACCCAUCCCAGCACCCGGGGAGGCAGCGGCAGGCAGAUCUCUGUGAGGUCGCAGCCAGCCUGGUCUACAGCCGGGACAGCCAGGGCUACAUGUAGAGCCCACCCAGAGCUUAAAACCACCUGAGCGACGGGACGCAGACCAGCUGCUGUCGGACAGGACUCCCACCAGCUGAGGCUUCUUCAGCUUGAAGCAGGCGAUGACGCCUUCCUCUGCAGCCAUUCUCAACCCUUCCUCCGCUGUUCUGCAACCCCUCCCCCGUGUCCGUGGAAACGCUUUUGUGGACUCUUUGGGUGUGGGAACCCCUCAUUGGCUUUCUCUAUCCCCCGACUGACAGAAAACAGAAUUUAGCCAUCUA